AUGAAGGCGAGGAAAGCUCUUCCCAGAGAUAGCUCCAUCCUUGCUCUGGGCCCAGCCGUUGACGAAAAUGGUCUGCUGACAGUUGGAGAAAGACUACUACGAAGUGAUCAACCCGAUGAGGAUAAACAUCCAAUCAUUUUAACCGGUAAGCACCACGUGGCUACUGAUCUCAUCCGCCACCAUCACGAGUUGGUCAAACACCAAGUGCGUCUGCUUACCGAGGGAGCAGUUCGGGCCGCCGGAUUGUGGAUCACCGGCUGCAAGAGGCUGAUCACUUCCAUCCUGUACAAAUGCGUGAAGUGUGGAAAACUUCGUGGACAACCAUGUGAACAAAAGAUGUCCGACCUUCUUGUUCACCGUCUGUCGCAAGCGCCCAUUUUACAUAUGUGGGGGUAG